ACAGGACGGUUCAGCAUCUUCUUAAUACCAAUCAUUUUUGUUUUACAUGUACUAUGGAUAUAAAAAAAUGUGUUGAAUCUCGCGUCAAAAUAAACGUUACAUGUACUCCACGAAGAAUAAAAUUAUAUUUCGGACGUUAUCGUGAUCAACCGGAAAUCUCUAUUAAUAGUGAUAUACGAAAUAAUUUUACUUCUUUGUCUUUAAAAAUAAAUUUGGUGUCAUUUUUUACGAAAGAUCGCUUCAACAUCUUAGACAUCACAAUCCUUUUCCUGAAUCGCGAGAAUAUUAGAAUCAACAACCAAAUAACAUAUUUACAAAGUGAAAAAUAUUGGAUACAUGCGAAAUAUAAUUGCAGUUUAGAGAAAGUUGCAACGGUUUUUUCAUAUGUCCAGCAAUCUUAAGAAACAUAGUAAGUUAACCCUUAGCGGUCGGAAGGCGCCUCUCCGGCGCCACGGCUAUUCGGGCCGCAGGUCGGAUGGCGCGCGAGCGGCGACAACGGUGUUUAUGUUACAUUACGAUGAACAAUCAAAAUAUAACAUUUUUAUAAUAUAAUUUAUGUAGACGGUCAUUUUAUUGUACCUAUAACGUGCCCGACACAUUCGCGAAAAUCGCGUCGUNCUGCCACCUCACCCGGCCGAAAAUGUCGUCGACCGCAAAGAAUUAAUAAUACAUUCGUGCAUGAAAAAUUACUUUUCUUGAGUUAAAAUAUGAAUUAUAAAUAUUUUUUGUAAUAACUUACUUAUUUAUCUCUAGCACCAACGUUUUUCAUUCUAUAGAUAUUUGAUUUUGUUGCGUAUUCCCGCUGAAUGGAUAUUUCCAUAUUGGAAAAACCCAGCAAUCAGGCCACAUUUAGUAUUCGCAUUUAUCACAACAACGAUGAAAUUGCUUUGUCACAUAUGCCUGGUAAUAGAAGUGUUGAAGGAAAUAUAUCCUGUACAUACACUUUCCUUCUACACCUACAGUAAUGUCUACUCACGUAGUAACAAUAGCAGUCGUACCUUCUACCGUAGCAAAUUCCUUUUCUUUUUUUUGGGUAAACAUUAUAAUAAUCAAAGUACAGAUGAACAGUGCAAUGUUAUAUGCAAAAUCUCUUAUUACAAAUAUCAAGCAUCAUGUUAAAACACUUGAAAAGAUGUAUCAUGAUCACGUGUACUUUAUGCAGCACUUCCAAUAAAUUCUAGCCAUUACGAAAGUGUAAUAACUAAAAAUCAUGUUUUCUUCAAGUAAGAUACUACUCAAGACAAUAAAACGAGUUUAUGAACAAAUGUACUUAAACUGACACGAUAGCACUAACACCAAUGUUUUUCAGUGAAGCUGAAAUUACAUACGAUGAAGAAAUAGACUCACUUGCACAAAAAAAAACAGUAACAUGUUUAGUAGCACGUAACGUAAUACAAGAAAUGUUUAGUGAUUGGUUACCUUCAUUAAAGCAGUCUGAUUCUUGGUUUAUGGGAGGUUUUUCAACAUUUUAUGGAGUGUAUAUUAUCGAUCAGAUUUUCGGUCAAUCUUUACUGAAGUCGCUACUAGUCCAAACACGACGAGAAAUUCUUGAUUUUAUAGAAGCAUAUGUUACACAUGAUCUUCCAGGUAAAGAAAAUUCAACGUUCAUAUCUCUAAGCUUAAUUUUUAGCGAAUUGUGGCGAAAGAGUGCACUCAGUAUAUUUUACAUGGUCACUGACAUGGACAAAUAUGUUCUAUACAACUCCAUGUUUAGAGAAGCCAUAAACAUACAUCAUAACACUUCAUCAAGUGAUACAUAUAAUACGCAGUCAAAUUUCGAUAUUUUAUGGAGCAAAUUACUAUCUGAGAUGUCUACGCACAAAAAUAUGUUUUUCAUGAGAACUUUAACAACUGUGAUAACUUCUUGGACACACGUUGGUUAUUCUAUAGUACAAGCAUGUGUUGGAUACCUGUGACCUACAUAAUAAUACCACAGUCUAAUAUCACAUCGCAAUCGUACUUACAACCAGACGAAAACAGUAUUAUAGUUCUGAAUAUUGAAGAAGAUGAUUCUAUCAUUUUUAUAGAUAUACCUGGUAAUAUUUUCACACACAUAGAUUAUUUAUUUUUGUCUUUUGCUUUUACAUAGUACCUUUUAAAUUUCCGUCAUAUAAUGUAUUAUAUUUACUGUUUCUUGUUUUAUUGUUUUAUUUCUCUUUCUUUGUCUUUCUAGUAUUCUCACUGUUUUCUUUUGUCACUCUUACUAACACUUAAUUGUUGUAGGAUAUCGCGUCAACUACGAUCGUAAAUCUUGGAAGAAUAUUGCUCUCUUCUUGAAACGUACAUCUAAGAUGUUGUUCUUAUCUGACGUCUCAUUAGCUCAAAUUCUCGACAAUGCCUUUUAUUUUUUAGUACAAAAUACAGAUUAUAAUGAAAAUUGUAAUUUAAAUAGUACUGAUAAUCUAGACAUAUUUUUUGAUAUUGCCAACAGUGUAUUUUACGUGUACAAUUCCUACAUAGCUUGGUAUCCUAUAUUUACUGCUUUUGAGUACUUAUCAAUGCUUUUCUUGUUUUCAGAAAGUGCAUACAUCAAGGUAAAUAGUACUAAAUUAAUAAAUAAAUUAAAUGCUAAAAACAGAUAAAAUUAAAUGAUAACUGAGUUUCUUAAAUUAUAUAUUCUUAUAGUAUAAUCUACCAAACUUUGUUACAUUAUUUUGUACUUUAGCAAUCGAUACACAAAAAAUUUU